AUGGCUCCUCGCUCUACAGCUCAAAAGAGACUUUUAAAAGAAUACCAACAGCUUGCCAGAGACGCUCCUCCAGGUAUAGUGGCUGGUCCGGUUUCGGAGGAUGAUCUCUUCAAGUGGGAAUGUUUGCUUGAAGGCCCCCCGGACACUCCUUAUGAGAACGGGGUGUUUCCAGCUACUCUCAGCUUUCCCAAGGAUUACCCUUUGAGUCCACCUUCUCUCAAAUUCGAUCCUCCAUUGUUACAUCCCAACAUUUAUGCCGACGGUACAGUGUGUAUCUCGAUUUUGCAUCCGUCUGGUGAAGAUCCCAACCAGUACGAACGUCCUGAAGAAAGAUGGUCGCCCGUUCAGAGCAUUGAAAAGAUUUUGUUGAGUGUGAUGUCUAUGUUGGCCGAGCCAAACCCGGAAAGUGGGGCCAAUAUCGAUGCCUGUAAGUUAUGGAGAGACAACAGGGCUGAGUACAAUAGCCAGAUCAAGAAACAUGUCAGAGAACUGUUGGGAUUGUAG